ACUGCAUAGAAUUCUUCUGCACCCUCCCGCUCUCACUUGCGCAUGCCAGAGUGCUCGGUGGCAGGCAUGCGAUAGCCUCACAGCUUGUCGGAGGAGGCAGCUGCCCGUUCCGUAUUGGCUGAUGCAGGAGGACAACCUCUGGGUUUUAAAACUUUAUUUUUAGCCAUCGGUCCGACUGCUAUUGCAGGCGGUUCAGUGUGCGAUUGAAGAAGCUAUUUUACUGCCUUUACGACCAUCCAUCAGUGAAGCGGUAAGACCACGCAUGUUUGUAUUGCGGCUCCUGCGUAGAGUGGAGGGGGACAAGUCCUUGGGACACUGAACGUUUUCUUUACACAACGAGGAUACACCUGAACUGAACUCUGGAAACAAUACCGAAAUCUACGGAAGUUUAUUAGGUUACACCAUUUCAGGAUACUUCAACAGUGCGCCAACCUACCUCGUGUAGCUUACUGCUACCCAUCAGAUCUAGUUGCAAACGAUACCCUCUGCUGCUGUGUAGGCAAUGGCGAGUCCAGGGGCAGAUCACGGCCCUAAGAAUCAAGACCACAACGAACACCCCGAACCGACCACCGAGCCUGCAUUCCAAGAAGCCCAGAAAUGGAUAGAGGCAGUGACGGGAAGAAGCUUCGGAGACAAGGACUUCCGUGGAGGUCUAGAGAACGGCAUUCUGCUGUGCGAGUUGCUAAGCUCCAUCAAACCAGGGCUUGUGAAGAAGAUCAACAGACUUCCUACUCCCAUAGCUGGACUGGAUAACCUGACUCUGUUCCUCAGAGGCUGUGAAGAGUUGGGCCUGAAAGGAUCACAGCUGUUUGACCCUGGGGAUCUUCAGGACACGUCCAUACGUGCUAACUUAACUGGCUCUGAUUGCAACAGGAAGCUUAAGAAUGUGUUGAUUACCAUAUACUGGCUUGGGAAAGCAGCCAAUGGCUGUGCGACAUACAGUGGCCCCACGCUAGACCUGAAGGAGUUUGAAGGGCUGCUGUCUCACCUGAGAAAGGAGUGUGAGGACACAGAGAGCCCUAAGCGCAGUAUCCGUGACAGCGGUUACAUUGACUGCUGGGACUCGGAGCGGAGCGAGUCUCUGUCCCCUCCGCGGCACGCUCGAGACGACUCAUUCGACAGCCUGGACUCUUACGGCUCGCGCUCACAGCAGACGCCCUCCCCAGACGUGGUCCUCCGGGGCAACAGCGACGGUCGAGGCAGUGACUCCGAGGGUGAUUCCCGGAAGCUUCCGGACAUGCGUAAGGACGACAUGCUGGCGCGGCGCACCUCCUACAACGAGCCGCGCGCGGCCGUGCCCUUCAACCAGUACCUGCCCAACAAGAGCAACCAGAGCGCCUACGUGCCCACGCCGCUGCGCAAGAAGAGGCCGGAGCGCGAGGAGGGACGCAAGAGCUGGAGCAACGCCACCACGCCUGUCGGCGCCGAGAGACCUUACAGCCACCCUGAGCCCAUCCAGGAGGAGAGCCUGGCCCCUGAGGGGGAGCUGGGCGAGGCGCAGGUGGGCAGUAAGUGUCCGGCCAGCUCCCUGAGGGAGGUGAGGGUGAGGACAGUGCCACGGGGUGUAUGGCACCCCAAGACCGUCACGUGGGCGCAGGACGGAGCAGUGGAGAAGGACGAGGACAGGCCGGAGGCAGAGGACGAGGAGGAAGAGGAUAAGAUGAGGAAGAUGAAGAGGCUGGAGAAAGCCGGCAUCAAAGUGCUGCCCGCGUCGGUGCGCUACGGCAGUCCCAGAGAUGCAGGCGGAGAGACCGAGGGGGUCAAGCCUGCCUCGCCGGACAUCAUUCUCAGGUGCGAGAACGACUUCCUGCGGAACCAGCAGCCGCACGCCUGGGACUCGGAUGAGGAGGAAGAGGAGGAGGAUGCCGCGGGCGAGAGGAAGGUGCCCGACGUGCGGCGGGACGAUUUGGCCUCGCGACGAGCGCGCAUGAACCGCGGGCCUGCCCGAGGAGCCCACCACUUCCUGCCGGGCUCCUGCAGCCGGAGGGACCAGGAGAGGUGGGAGGCCCUCCGCCUCAAAUCCCAACAGGCCGUGCUGGAGAAGAUGGAGAGACUGGAGCAGGAGAAAAAGAGUGAGCCUGAGGCUGAGUCUGCUGCUGAAGAGUUCAUCAUAACCCGCACGGACAACCCCCUCCUGAGCUCUCUGAGAAGGGUCGAGCGGGACCACGAGGAGGAGGGUGAGGAGAGGGAGAACAGGGCAGUGGUCGCCAACUCACAGAAAGAUGACCUCGCCCGCCGGCGGGCUAAGAGCCGGCCGCAGGCACACAGGGACCCUCUGCUGCCCCUGCUACAGACCUCCAUGAGCCAGACCGACAUGGAGAAGUGGCAGAGGCUGAAACUCAACACAGAAGCCAGUGAGAGUGAACCGCAAUCUCCACAAUCUCCUGAGGUGGCCAUCAUAACUCGAAAAGAGAACCCCUUCCUAAGCCCCCAGAGAAAGGAGAGGGGCGAGGAAGGGGACGAGGAGGAGGAGAGGAAGAGGGGUGAGGGUGAGGAGGAAGAGGAUCACAGUGAGGUGGUGCCUAACGUGCAGAAGGAUGACCUGGCCAAGAGGCGGGCCCAGAGUGGGCCCCGCCCUCAUAGGGAGCCAGUGAACCCAUUGGUCCAGGCGUCCAUCACUCAGGCAGACAUGGAGAAGUGGCAGAGGCUAAAGAUGACCACGGAGGACAGCAGUGACUCCCCGCCAAUAUGUCAGGCCUGCAUUGAGAAAAUCUCCCAGCCUCCUGCCAUCUCCACGACAACAGCGGCCCAGGAUGACCUGGCCAGCCGCCGCACCCGUGGCACCCGUCGCUCGCCGGGCAGCCGCCAGCAGCGCUUCGUGACGUUUGGUCCAGUGACAGAGAUGGACCAGAGGUGCUGGGAGCGUCUGAGCAUCGCUCGGCCAGGGCAGGGGGGCGAGGAGGAGGAGGAGGAAGGGGGGAAGGGCGAGAGAGACGAGUCACAGACACUCCAACGCCUCCUCUCCGCCGUGCCCGUCGCCAUGCCAACCAUUGGGACGAACUCUCCGCUCCAAAAAAGGCUGGGCAGCCCUGAAAUUCCCAGUGCCCCCACGUCAGCCUCGAGCACACAUGUGCAUGUGCGUGACAUCAGCCGACCUUUGACCUCGGCCGAACAUGAGGAGCUGGACGAGUUGCUGACGCAGUAUGGCCGAAGGGUCCCAGAGGAACCAGAAGAGGGGCAAGAGGAAGAGGAGGAGAGACAGCCUGACGUGAGGAAGGACGACAUGUUGGCCCGCAGAACGGCCGCGCAUCAGAAGUCCAGCGUCCAGGCCCACAACCGCUUCCUCCCCAUGCCGGGCGGCUCCAAGGCCCAGCCACCGAGAGAGAGCACCCAGAACGGACACGCCCAACGCAGGGUGGUGGGCACGGUGGGGAACCGCCCCCGGACGGAGGCGGUGACGGAGUACUCAGAGUGGAACAUUAAGACUGCCAGGAACUGGAUAGGACAGAGAACAGAGUCUCAGAAACAAGAGCCCAAGGUGUCUUCACCACCAAUCACCACGGAGAUGCAAAAGGACCUUUAUGCCGCCUCAUCUGUUGGCGCAGCUGCCCACAGACAGGGCAGCGUGGACAGAGCGCGUGGCGACGACUGGGACGAAGAAUAUGACGAUGACGGUCCACUGCCAGACCCGGAGAAGGACGACAUGCUCGCACGGAGGACAGGAUCAUACCAAAAGGCUGUAGGGGGGACAGGGCAACCUUUUCUCCCUGUUCCAGGCACAGCCAGGUAUAAAGGCACCCCUGCUGCUGGUUUCGGCCAGUCCCAGCUGAAGUCCAAAGAGAGAGAGAAGCCCAAGGACAGCUUAAGCGCUGUGGCCUCUCCCGCCAGAGAUGUUGCCAGGAAGUGCCCUCAGAUGACGGACAGGGAGGAGGCGGGCUCUGCAGAGGCUUUGGGACCUCUGUGGGAAGCAGCUGGGGCAGACGAGCCUAAAAGUGCCCCAACUGCCCCCGGCCCUCCACCCCAGCAGGGCAACACUGCCCCCCAAAGACGACCCUCCUGGCUGGAGGACGAUGACCUACCCCCAAUAUUCAGCCACAGAGCUGCUAGUGCAGCUGAUGAGCCAGAGAGCAUGAGCAUGUUUGACAUGCGCUGUGAGGAGGAGGCCAUCCUGCAGCCGCACAGCCAGUCGCGCCACGAGGACCUGCACAACCAGUACAACAAGGAGGACGACCAGUGGCAGGAUGACCUGGCCCGUUGGAAGAACCGGAGGCGAAGUGCAUCUCAGGACCUCAUCAAGAAGGAGAACGAGAGGAAGAUGAUGGAGAAGAUGAUGAAGGAGGAGCAAGCAUCUGCACUUCGGAGGAAGAGUAUCAAGACCUACAAGGAGAUUGUGGAAGAGAAGGAGCGUCGUGAGCAGGAGCUGCACGAGGCCUACGACAGGGCCCGCACCCCUGAGGAGAAAGCGGCCGUGCUGCAGCGCUACGCCCUGCGCUUCACCAUCAGCGACGCCAUCCUGGAACGUCUGCAGAUCCCGCAGCCGCCCGAGAAAGAAGCUCCCCAGCUCCCCUCCACUGCCACAACCACCACGGCAACCACCACGGCUCCCGCCUCCGACACCACCAUCACGCCCACCGCCACCACGCCCGCCACCGCCACCACGCCCGCCACCGCCACCCCACCCCAGCCACGGUCGCCCCCAGCCGCUAGCCAGCCCAAGCAGCCUCAGCCACCUCCCUCUCCAGCCAAAUUCACUCCCGGCACGAAGGCUGCCGUGGAAGACGCCCCCAAACCUAAAGUGCCCUCGCAACAGCAGACACGGACGAUGAGCCCUCCCUUUCAGCCCCAGAGCCGGACCCUGUCCCCGGAGCAGUCGCCCACCCGCACCCCUCCCGCUCUGUCCAAGCCCGUGCCUCUGUUCACGCCCAAGCCUUACAGCCAGCCAAGGCCCAACCAGAGUGGACACAAGCCAGUCAAGGCUGAUGGGCUGAUACGCAUCAAUGGAGAAAUCAACGAAGAUAAAAAGGAGAUCACCAGGCUGAGCUCUCCACCGCCUCCGCUGCCUCCUACACCCUCAGCCAAUCAGGACGCGGCUGGGACCACACAGGGAGGAGCCGCCGCGCCCCCCACGUCUCCCCAGACGUGCACCAAACCCCCCCAGGAGGAACGUCAGCCCAGAUCCCCGCAGAGGGACACCACCAAGGGGGAGGAGGAGGAGGAGGAGGAGGAGGAGGAGCGGGCGGCUCCCACAUCUCCUUCAUCUCAGGAGACGAGCCGAGGUGGAGAGCAGGCAUCUGCUGACGUCACCCAGUCUCCACUUAGAGUGUCCGAACAGAAGGACCUCGCUGCUGGAGGGAAGCGGAAUUGUGUUGUCAAAACGACCAUCGUGACAGAACUCACACAGACACAGGUCAUCGAUGAAGCAGAUGCAACCACUAGAACAUGGAUGAACAGCUCUGUGAGUUCUGCUCAGUCCCCUGAGGACCUGUCAGUUUCCUCCUCCGAGUACAGCAGAACUGAUUCAGCACAGACCAGCACCCUGACCUCAUCUUCCACCACAUUGCCAGAUUCAUCACACUCGUCUGGUAGCUCUAGGUUGCGCUGGGAGUUCUUCGCGACGCCAGAGGGCCUUGAAAACCCCAUGGAGUGUAUUGAGACCCCUAUCUUGAAUCUGGCUAAGAGGGUUGACCAUUGGACAUGGGAUCCCAAUGAGGAGCGCAAACGUCAAGAAAGAUGGCAACAAGAGCAGGAGCGCUUGCUGAAGGAGAAGUACCAGCGUGAGCAGGAGAAGCUGAAGCAGGAGUGGGAGAGAGCCCAGCGGGAGGUGGAGGAGGAGGAGAGGAGGCACCAUGAGGAGGAGAGACGCAUCCUUGAGGAGACUAUGACCCCGUUGACAUCUCGUUCUGGCAGCGGAGGGUUGACCAGUCCAGUGUCCUCCCCGCAACGCACGCAGGACAGCAUCGUCCUGUCACUGUCGGAGCUGGACAGGAAACUGACCCAAGACAAGCAGACAGAAAGCGGAGGACACACAAGCACUCACAAUGGAGUGGCACACACACAGAGUCCUACCCUCCAUAGCCCAGCUCUGACAGGGUCACCUACACCAGUGCAACAGAAUGGGAAGGUCCCCUCUCCUAUUGACAACAGCGAGUCAGCCACCCCACAGCUGCAGUUCAUACAGGAUGGCUCAUGGAGAAGCUCGCCCGCGGACAGGAAGCCGCAGAGUGACGAAUGGAAGAAGACUUCCUCUCUGGACCGCAACUUCAGUCCUCCACAAAACUACCCUGCCGCGAUGAGAAGGUCAGGGUCCUAUGAGAACGUUUUAGGGUCAUCCACACCAUCUCCAACAUCACCCGACACCCAACCACCCUCCCCAAGCAGAUCUGUGAGUGGAAAGAAGCUGUGUUCAAGCUGUGCCCAGCCCCUGGGGAAGGGCGCGGCCAUGAUUAUCGAGACGCUGGGACUGUACUUUCACAUACAGUGCUUCAAGUGUGGAAUGUGUAAAGGGCUUCUAGGCGACACCAGCACGGGGACAGACGUCAGGAUUCGUAAUGGCCUCCUCAAUUGCCAAGAGUGCUACAUCAAAUCACGUGCUGCUGGUCAGCCUACCACGCUGUGAGCUGCAGUGGACCUGAAUGACACCCGUAGACACACCAACACAGAACAGAACAGAGUCUCUGACAAUCUCCACUGAAGCAACCUGCAAUGAGCGGAGUAAUUUUAACACAACAUCUCAGAUUAACUGAUAUACUGAUAAGGAGGGUUUAAAGCUCCCCCACGUUACACGUUUCUCUCUUUCUUUACAUCAAGUCUACUCAGUUUUCAGAUACGAUAACAUCUCUUUAUUUUUGUACUUGUAAAAUAACUUCCCCCUCCUACACUCUGCUUGACCUACAUAACACAAUAAUAAGUGCACUGUAGGACGUCAAUAAGAUAAAUAGUCAUUUAACCUGAGUUACACAACGCUGGAUAUUUCGAUAUAAGUAGUUUUUAAAGGCUGUGGGGUCACGUGGUCGGAAAGCUAGAUUUCCUCCUGAUUGAAAUUUCUAUACAAAAAAGGCCUCCUAAGAUCACAUGCUCACUUUGCACCUUGAUAUAUUAGUAUUAUUAGUAUUUUUUUAUCCGAGGCAUAAGUGAGAGUCUGUCGGUCUGAAGCACACCUUACCGUCUUUAAAUAGUAACUAUCUCUCUGUAUACAGAAUCCUGUCAGAAAGUCUAUAGUAGCCUAUCUAUCUAUGCUUUUUAAAUAGGAUCAUGUCUGGUGUCGCUGCAGUUUAACAUGUAUGAUGCCUUAAUCAUUCACAACGUUGCUGAGCUGCCGAGCUUGGUGGCUGCAAAGUAUUUUCUUGCAUGAAUUAACCUUCUGAUUGAUUUAAGUAGAGUCUACUUUUUUUUUCUUCUGAACUGGUGUGUUUUUUUUCUUUAGAUUGUGUACAUGUUUUUUUCCCUUUUGCUAAUUGAAAUUUCAUUUGCUUGAGAUGUAAGAAAUGGAGCACACAUGACCAACGUAUGAGGCGAAAAAACAAUGUUAUCAGGCGAGAGGCAUGUAACAUGUACCCAUACUGCGCCAUUGUUGGUUGUGUGCAUGCAAAACCUUCCCAUUUCAUUUUGCUGCAUUGUUUUUGAUUGAACAGUUCUCAAGUAUUUGCGUAUUGCCCGUUGUUACUCACAGCACUGUAAAGCCGAACAGUCAAACUAACUUAAUUUAUUUGAGUAAACUAAUAACUUUAAAAUGUUUAAUUUACUACAUCAGUUUAAGGUUAAUCAAAUGUGUGAUUUCAGUACCAGUAACUCAAGUAUUUAGAUUUAAGGUGACUUCACUGUACAUAAAACUACGGAGCAUUCUGCAAACAUAUCUUGCCUUUCCCACAACUGAAUAAUGAACAGUAGCAGAUAAUAGUACAUUGACUCGCUGUCAGCAGGGGAGACGUAGAUGUGCAACACAGUGGACAAUAAAGCCUGAAACGGUGUGACAGCCAAGGCUAUGCUAAUCGAUGCUACUUGACUAACUAAUUGGGUGAACAAUGAGAGCACUGGAUCAUUCUGUAAAGAAUCAAGUUGGUCUCUUGAGAUUUUUCAAGGCACUUCCAACAAUGGUUACUACCAUACAUUUGCCAGUAUUCAACAACAUUUAACUGCAUCUAUCCACCUGCACAUGUCAAAUUUCACUAUAAAGACAAAACCCAUGUCCAUUGUGGCAUCAGUAUAUUAGUGAAGCCAAUACUGUCAAAUGCACACCCUGACAACUAUAUUUACCAAACUAUAUUUACCAAAGGAUCAUGAGAAUAAAUUCCUCAGAUUGACUUACACUCUUACACAAUUGAGUCUGAGUUAUAUUUACAUAAAUAUUUUGUUUAGGUUGACUGUGAGUGUUACUGUGACCUACCUAUGGUGGGAAUGAAGCAUACAUGUCAAAGCACAACCUGAAGACACAGUCCCUAAAUUGUAUUGAUAUUUCCGUGCAACUAGAAAAAAAACAUUAAAAAAAAAACAAUUGAAAAUAAGUAAGUCAGUUUUAUGAUGUUAAUGUUAUUGCAAAAGAUCAUGAUAAUUUACGUAACACUCAAAACAGCUAAGUUGCUUAACUUUGUAUUUUUGAGUUAGAAAAAAAAUAUGCAUGAGUUAUUAUUCAUUAUUCAUUAUUUCGAGUUAGUUUGACUGCUUGGGUUUACUGUGAAUAAUGUUUUUAACUUUAUGCGAAUGCAUGGUUGAUGCAAAUCAUAUAUCCUUAUUUAAGUUUAGAAAUACAUUUUAUUCAAACAGUUCAUUAGCUUCCCCUUGUGUACCUAAUGCUCUCGCUUUCCGUUCUUACUGUACGGGGUGAUUUUGCAUCAACGUAUGUGCCUUAUGAACGAAGGUGGUUGCACAAUUUAUGAGAAGUUUGAUUCCAUAGAUUCCAUGAAAAUCCCAAAGAUCAUCUCAGUAACGUGAAAUACAACGAGAUGGUGUGGAUGCCUAACUUAAAUCCGAAUGUCAAACACGAUCGCCUAUCAGAGAGUAACAAUUCAAACCAAACCAACCGAUGGAGUACGUAGCCUACUUGGAAAUACACUCUUUCUAAGUUCCGACUAAUUAUCUCUGUUAAGGCAUGUGGUUUUCUAGGAGGACAAAUGCACAGAGCACAAUGGAUUUCUACAAUGUAAAUCUUCUAUGAAACUGUUAUUAUAGAACAUUAGCUCAUUUCACAAAACCUCAUGUCUACAUUUUCCUGCGUUUUCUGUGAAUAUUUUUUGUGAAACUUGAAACAUAUCCUUUAAGCGACCCUGCACAGAUAGACAUCUUUCUGCAAGGUUUGAAUGAUAUUAACUAUGUUACUAGUUUAUUCCCAUUUUUGGUAAUUGACUGUCCUAUCUAACCGCAAUGUAAACCGUCUGUUGCACUUCUGCAAAGCUUUGUCCCAUUUCAAUAGCGUUGCUGUCAUUGCUUUUCCCUUUUUAUGCAGUAUUGUUUCCGUUUCCGUUUUGCUUUGUUAAGCAUUUAGAUAAGGAACGAUUUAAACUGGAUUAAAAUGCAAUAAAGUGGAGGUGGAGUGGUGCAGAAUCGUGUAAUAUGUUUAAGCUCUGUAUUUAUUGUAAUCGAUUAAAAAAAAAUCUAAACUGAAACGAAUUAGAAGGAACUGCUAUGCAAUGGCUUUUAUAGCAAGUGUAUGUUUGUACAAUAAAACAUUGUAAAUGCA